AACAAUCACAACUUCCAAACGACCCCUUAGUAAAUGUGCUCAUCACUCGAAUUUUCCUACUUGAUGAAAUACAAAUUUUCCAACCAACUACUAUUAAUAUAUAUCACAAAUAAUAAGUAUACUUCUUGUUAGACUCGAUAAACCAAAACAUGACUCGACCGAUAAUCCAAUAAACUAGGUUGCGCAAGACAGUGGAAUUGCUCGCUCUCGGACUCAAUCCGUCAAAUAAGCCCACACAUGCACCUAGAUCCGGUAAGGGCACGCUCAACGACAUUACCAAUGAGACAAUUGUUCGUACUUGAGAGAAGAAGCUACUGAACUGCAAGGCCAUGGGCCAGUCUAUUUCAUCAUAUUUUUUCUCAAACAUUUUAAGUGAUUAUCAUCUUCAUACAUAAUUACUCUAUAAGGUACAAAUUACUAUAAAUUACCAGCGCAUGGAAUGGGAAAGAGAAAGAGAGAGCACGAGGAAAGAUGGUCUACUUUCUAAGAAUCGUACUUACGAAAUAUUAAUAAAGCAUUAAUGCUUGUAUUUAAACCAACUACCACUAAUAGCAUUAAUAAAUGCACUAAAUACUCAAUUUUGGCUACAUGAUGAAAUACUAAGUUUCAACCAACUACCACUGAUACCAUAAAUAAUAAGUAUGCUUCUUAUUAGCCCUAAUAAGCCAAAGGAUAGCCUGAUCGGUAAUCCAAUAAACUAGAUUACACAAAAAGCACAAUUACUCACUCUUGACACCAAUCAAUCAAAUAAUGCCCAAUACACCUAGAUCUGGGAAGGGCGCGCUUAACGACAAUACUAAUUAGACAACUAUCCGCACUUGAGAGAAAUAAGCUACUGAUCCGUAAGGCCACACUCUAAUUUGACUCGCUAGACUGAUGCUUAAACAUUUUAAUUGAUUACAAACCUUGGAAAUGUUGCCCUCAACAAAGUGCUUACAAAUGCUUUGAUCCCACUACACAAUGUGUCUUUGUGUCUCGCCAUGUUGCUUUUGUUGAAAACACAUUUCCUGGCUUUGAUACUAACACUUCUACAGCUCAUCACACGACUAACUCUUGGCUAAUUGCCACAUCACAUCCUGUCACUCUGAUUCCUCUCUCCACUGUUCCCACAGUUGGCCACGGGUUGAAUCUACUCACUACAUCACUAAUGCUUCCCCAACUCCGGCGUCCCCCGACUUAGUCACUUCAUCAAUAGAGAAUCACCCACCAUCGCCAACACCUCCUCCAGCUCGUCAGAUUGUUACUAGAUGAAAAAGUAAUAUAUUUAAACCCAAGAGAUUGUUUGUGGCUACCAAGACCCCACCUCUUGAGCCCAAGUCUGUCAAGGAACCUCUCAGUACCCUGAAUGGAACGUUGCUCUCAAACAGGAAAAUGAUGCAUUGAUUGCCAAUAAUACUUGGACAUUAGUUGCUCGUCAACCACACUACAAUGUCUUGUGCAAUCGAUGGGUCUACCGAGUAAAACAUCAUCCUGAUGGAUCCAUUUAACGUUACAAGACCCGCCUGGUGGUUAAGGGGUUUCAUCAGUGACCUGGUGUUGACUUUCAUGAUACAUUCAGCUUGGUUGUCAAACCUGUCACUAUACAAACGGUAUUCACUCUUGCUCUCUCUCAGAAUUGGCCUAUCUUUCAAUAUGAUGUGAAUAAUGCUUGUCUUCAAGGCCCGUUACAAGAAAAGGUAUAUAUGGAACAACCAUCGGGCUUUCAUCAACCUCAUACUACCAAUCAGGUAUGUCGACUUAACCGGGCUAUCUAUGGUCUCAAACAAGCACCACGUGCUUGGUAUACUGCAUGGAGCUCCUUUCUUGAAGACCAUGGAUUUCAAAAGACUAGUUCUGAUGCCUCCCUAUUCGUCCAUCAUCAAGAGCAUAUUACUCUCUACUUUCUCAUUUAUGUUGAUGAUUUACUCCUAAGGGAAAGGAUGCCAAUACUCUAUUUGCAUUUCAUGAUCAACUAUCUCAAAAGUUCUUUCUUAAACACUUGGUUCAUACCUUAUGUUAUUGUGCAAAGGUGUCUGAAUAACUAGUUUCAUUAUCAUAUAAGAUGCUCUUUAUCUAAACUAUCUCAUCUUAUAUUUUGCUCAUGAUUUAUUCAUGCAAAGUGGGUUUAAGAAUCAAAUAACUAUUUAUCUAGAAACUCAAGCAUCAACCACUGAUGUAAAGAAGAAGAAAAAUGACUGAAGAAUCAACGAUGAUUACUAAAGAGUUAGAAGCCCUCAAUCUUAUACAUAUCCUCAAGCAUCAACCAAAUACAUUUUUUUCUCUCCCUCUCGUUCUAUUUUUUAGUUCUCGAUUAAAUACAUAUUCUGAUUUGAUGCGGCCCAAAAUCAUUGCACAUUUCUCAACUACACUCGUACCUAAGUUGUAUCACACAUGUAUAUAUAUUCAUCAUGUGAAUUGUUCCUUUUAAAAUUUGUUUAAAAGUUCAAUAUUUAGUCGAGUAGAUAAAAUACAUCAAUCGAAGAGGCCAAUCCUCUAAAAAUGGAGGGAGUUAAAAAAACCCCACUAGGAUCUUAAUUCAAAGGAUAAUUUUUUCCAACACCAAUUUCUGGAUGCUUCAUCUCAUUUGAGGAAUACAUAUUAAGAUUUAAGACGCAUACACAACAUUUUUAAUAUAAUUAUUUCCUAAAUACAUACUUUUUAGUACUAUACCACUAGAUUCAUCGCCUUUAUUAUAUAGGCGAAUUACAGAAGCUUUGAAAAAAAUAAUAGCAAAAUAAGAAGGAAAUAAGAAACAAAAACAUAUAUGAGUAUAUCUCGGAAAAAAUCCAAAACUACCACCGUUUAAAAAAAAAAUUACAAAAAUACCACCCAGACCAAAUAAUUUCCAAAAAUACCAUCAUUUAUUAAAAACCGCUCAUUUAAUGAGCGGUUUCAUAUAAAACCGCUAAUCCAGGCGGCGGUUACAGAGAAAAACGCGCCCCCAAGGCGCGGUUUGACCUUGCAUGGCUGUCAAAUCGUGUUGUCACGUGGCGGUGCAUCAAAACGUCAAUCGGAGAAGCGUUUAGACGGAUAAAACGUGUGCCAAGUCAGCAGUCCGUGUCGCCCACAAAAACCGCCUGCCCGAGGCGCGGUUUGACCGUUGGGAAAAUGAAACCGCGUGUCUGAUGCGCGGUUUGACUGUCGGGAAACUAAAACCGCGUGUUGGGGGCGCGGUUUGUGGUGGCGAGAAAUUACUCCACCGACCCUCCCCCACGCGGUUUGAACCCUAUAAACCCCCCCCCCCUUCUUCUUUUUUCUGCACACCAUCCACCACACUCCCUCUCUCCCUCUAACUUCUCUCUACCCAACCCCUUCCCACCCAACCUUAGAAUUAGUUUUUUUGUUGGUUGCGGCUAAGUCCGAUCUGCCUCCAAAAUACUUUUUCUUUGGUUUUCACUAAAAAACCGUCGAACCUCUGUCCGGAUUCCGAGAGAAUGGCCGAUUUCGCUCAAGAAGAAGGUCUUUUUUAUGAUGAUUAUCAAACGGUACGUACUCAUUUUUCCCAAUUGUUGUUGUUGUUAUAAUGAUUUAUUUAAUUUAUAUACUAAUGAUUUAUGUUAUUGUUAUGCUAUCGUAGGUUGGGCCGAAUGUUGAUAUUUUCAAUCAACGAUAUUAUGUUGAUCAAGGACCGAUUGAUCCGACAGUUUUAUACGAUCAAGCAAAUCAUCGUUCAAGAGACGUUUGGAAUGACCACAAGGUACAUAUUAUUUAUCAUCACUUGUAAUUUGUAUUUUGUUAAAGUAAUUUAUUUGUUGUACAAUAAUUUACUUAAUUGUUAAUCGUAUUGAUUAUUUUCAAUAAUUUAAAUCAAUACAA